UUCGAAAAUUGGAAAUAAGAAAGACCACACACAUCAUUCACCCACCGCCCCUGCCCACCCCACACCCCUCUCAACUCUCUCUCACUUAUUCCACACCACCACCCGCCGUCGGAGAGGGGCUGUUCUACAGUUCCGGCGAAGUAUUUUGACGGCUCAAACCUGAUAUAGAGCUGAAGACAUGAGCGAAGACGCAAAAAAAAGCGGAGGAGCUCCGGCUGUGAAGCCUACCUCCGAUGAUCGGAGAAUCUCAUCAGGUUCCGUUCCUUCUCCUACCGGCACAAAAGUUACCAUAAAGAGUGCUGAUAUGAAACCUGAUGUACAAAAGGAGGCCGUCGACAUUGCUAUUGCUGCAUUUGAGAAGCAUAUUGUUGAGAAGGAUGUAGCUGAACUGAUUAAGAAGGAGUUUGAUAAGAAGUACGGUCCUACUUGGCAUUGCAUCGUCGGAAAAAACUUCGGCUCUUAUGUGACUCAUGAAACAAACCACUUUGUCUACUUCUAUUUGGAUUCAAAAGCUGUACUUCUGUUCAAAUCUGGGUGAACUUGGUAAUAACAUUUGAUGGAGACACUAAUGAGAGUUAACUCGGAUGAUGAUGCUAUAUUUUGAGUUUGUACUAUUCAAUUGAAAAUUCCAAGCUGCAACAAUUUGGUGGAAAAUUCAAUUGUACCUGUAUAUUUCUGCUUUUACAUUGUGUAAACAAUUCUAAACUUGAUCAAACUUCUCUAAGGUGUUCGUGCUUUUUGAUAACUUGAGGCAAAACAGAAACAAUGGCUUUAUUGAGUACCAAGGACAUUGCUUGCCCAUUUAAAAAAAAGUGGUGUGGGAACUGCCAAGAGUAGCAUUUGAUCAUGACUCUGAUUGUACUUUUAUAAGGCAUUUGACGACUUCGUGUGAAGAAUGACAACAAUUGUCUAA